UAGUAAGUCACCCCACCCCCAUACAGGUUCACUACCGACGGGGCUAUUUAGAGAGGGCGCUGGACCACUUGGGAGGCUGGAGCCAGACGAACGUCGUAUUUGAAGCUGGAACUGAACGAAGAACACACACCUGAGGAAUCUCUACAGAUAAACACAGGUAUUUAUCUGUUUUACGUUCACUUGGUUUCAUAUACCACACCUAGUGGUCAAGCUAGGGGCGCGACCGCUACAGUGGCGCUGCGAGCCUGACUGUGCUUGCUUUUGCGGGCAUUUUAGAAGGAAAAUAAAAAUAAAAUUAAUUUGGGAAUAAUUGUCUCGCGGCGAGCUAACGGCCCCCUAUUGCGCAUCGGUUGAGCUGAUCCCUAUGCCCCGCUGCGUGGGGGGAAAUGGUCGCCGCUCGAGUGAGAUUAAUCAGUUUUUGCUUGGGCUAAUCACGGGUGAUAGGACUAAAUUUAAAGUCUUGUCAUAAUAAGUAUAUUCUAUGAAUAUUGUCCCUUGUUAUAUGUUUGCGUUUGUCCUGAAUUGAGACGUUGAGUCUUGAUUUGGGGCAUUUUUAUGCAAGCAUCCCCUCUCUUUUUUGGUCAGGUUUCCGUCGCGGGGACUGAUGGUAGUUCCGGUCCCGUGACGGAAAAUUCCAUUAAAGCAAGGAGAAUACACGUGUUGUUGUCUUGUGAGUUUGUUUUUAGUUUGGUGCUUUUAUAUCUGUUUUUAGUUGUGGACGAGUGCUUUACGUUGAUGUGAUUGUGUGUUUUGACUGUGAUUUUGGUGUUUUCGGUGAAUUUUGUGUCGUUUUGCGAGUGAUUUGUGAGUGCACUUUUUGUUGUUGGGGUGCUCGACGCGGACGGGCACGGGUGAUACGGCUGGGCUGGAAUACGGCUCGGAACGGGGAUCCACGGAGCGGGGCAGCCGCGUAGGGAUAUUUUCCGAGUUUACGGCCAGUGCCGCCGCCAUCUUGUUUUAGAAUCGUCGACUCAACGUUGAGCAUUCAUUUUUCGAGUGAAGACUUCUGAUUUGAGAUCGAGAACGUUUUUGGCCUUGCGGAAGGUGAUAGAGGCAAGAAAUAGAUGGAGGAAGCGGUCAACCUCCCGCUACCCUCUGAUGGCGAACUGGAGGGCUCUGUUGGGGAGGACGAUGUCCAGAUCCCUUCUCAGGGCCACCCUGACCCGGGGACACCGGAUCAAGGCGAAGGGGUGGGACCUGCCCCUUCUCAGGUAACGGGGGCUGGAGGACCGGUCACGGUUCCUUCAGCCAGUGGGAAUAUUGUGGGGGCCCAAGCGGCACCUCUCAACGGGGGGCUACCCGAGCGCCUCCAGGGUUUGAGGGGAUGGAGAGGGCCGAUCGGCCCUUCUCUGGGGAACAACUGCGCUGUUUGGAAGCGUUGGAAUGGCUCAUGCAGGGCCAACUCCUUCCAUAUCCGGGCGCGAUGGUUAGUACAGUCCAAUCUGGGCUAUCCUGGGAUUUGAUUAUGGGAUUUGUAGACAGGGCUUAUGCGCGGGCGGUGGAGAUGGCGGAUGCUGGUUGGGUCCGCUGUCUACACGAAUACCUUGAGGGACGUCUGUCCCUUGACCAAUAUGGGGAUAGGUUUCCGUUAUUGGAUGAAGGGGGUGGGAACGACGGAUUGGUGUAUUUUGACCCAGAUACUCCCUGGUGGAACCCCGCCAUGGAGAAGCAGUGUCGUUUCCCUCGAGGUUUGGCAUACUUUUCCCCCUUCGCGGGGAGGGUAUCCUCGGUAAAAGCGCCAGCGCCAUGGUCUCAGGGCGAGCCGGUUCCUGAGGCCUCAACUGCGACUUGCAGUUUGGAGCAGGUGGGACUUGGUCCGGAACCAGCUCCGACUACUCCGGAAGCUACCGCAGAUCCAGAGGAGGAGGAUAUGGAUACUGGGGUCCCAGCGGCAGCAUUUGAGGCUCCGUCUUCCGAUGAUCAGGAGGCCCCAUCCGAGGACACACAGGCCCCUGAAGCCCAGGCCGGGGAGCCGUCCACUGGAGGUAGGUCCAUCCUGCGCGAGGGGGAGGCGGGUAGGCGCGACCGGGCAUGGACACCUGCCAGCCCGGGUAAACGCGCGCUGGGCGUAGCUACUGGGGGGCCGGCUCACAAGCGCAAGGCGAGGGGGCCCUGUCCCCUUUGUCAGCAGCGGCCUCACCAUAAGCUGAAGACGCAUGUGUACCGUCACAUGCCGCUAGCCCUCCGUUUGGGGCUGGACAGACCCGUUGGGGAGGACCUUCCUCUCCUGGAAGUAAUGGGGUGCCUUCGAUUCUUGGCUCAGUGUUUCACAGGUAGUCCUGACUUAGACUCACUGGUUAAGUUUGUCAAUCUAAAGGCCCCCGAUACUUGGAAUUGGCACAUUCCGCCGUCCAUGGAAGCGGGAAUGUUCCGUUUUCUAGAACAGCUGGGAGCAUCCCGUCCCAGCCGUAUGUCAGUGCGUCCCUUAAACUCCGUUGCCGCAUUACUCCACUGGCGAGUAUUAGCAUUCCUGGUGGGGCAGCUUACUAAGGAGGAGACUCGUCAGUUGCACCGCCUUGGGGGUUCCAGUGCCCCUGAGAAGGAGGAUGCUAUGCCAGCCAGACCGGCACAGUCCGAACCGGCAGGGAGCACACUUCCCUCGACGCCGGUAGUAAAGCAGAAGAGGCCCACAUCAUCUGGGCAUGGCCGGGACUAUGUCCCAGCUCGUUCGAUUCCGGCGGCAGCGGGCGCGCCACCAGCUGCUAAAGGGGGAGUAUCGGCUACCCCUGCAGCACCGAAAGGCUCGGUGCAGACCCGGGUUUGGACCCGAACCCCGGGAUCUACCCCGGAGGCUAGGCGCGUUUCUUUCGCGGAGGUCGCGGCAAGGCCUCCCAUACCCCUGGCUGUCGAUAGCCACUUUCACUUAGACUUCCUGGAAGAUCGUCUGGGAAAGAAGGGCUGGAAGUGCGCCGAGAUGACAUCGGGCAGGGAGCCUCGGGUCCCAGUCCGUCUGGUCGGGGGUGUCGCAAAUUUCUGUGACCCCCGUAGGUAUAAGAACAUCAAGUUCCCGGAGGGUCGUGACUGGAAGGUCUCUGUGGGGGUACUCCCCCGCUUUGCUUCCGGUUUCGAGGAGUGCGACUUAGACGCCAUGGGCCGGCUGGCUUGUGACUCUAAGACCAGUGCGCUCGGGGAGAUUGGCUUGGACUACUCUCUCCCUUCCUCCACGUGGUCGAAGCAGCUGCGGGUGUAUACGACUAUCCUAGAGCAGAUCGGGGUUACCGGUAAGGUCCUUGUUUUGCAUCUGAGGGGACAAGAAGGAAACACUUCCGAUGUCCCCUCUAGGAUUGUCAGGAAGGCAACCCGGACGAGGGUCAACAGGCACCAGCGGAUUCACAUCCACUGUUGCACCCUCGGACCUAUAGAGGUCGAGGCUUGGGGAAAAGUUUUCCCCAAUACCUACUUCAGCUUCGGCUGCAAGGUGAAGUCUUUCACCGGGGAGCAGCUGGACGCCUUGAGGAAGGUACCCCCUACUAGGCUGUUGCUGGAGACAGAUUCUCCUUAUCUCCCUGUAGGAGGGGUCAAGAUUAUGACACCUGCAUACAUUGGGGAGGUAGGAGAACUUGUCGCCUCAGCUAGGCGCAUGAAUUCCCUCACCCUCAUGGAGCGUGCCCGGAAUAACCAUCUGGCGCUCUAUGGGGUGUAGCGGGGUAGGGAAGGGGAAUGGAGGAGUUUUAUCCUCCAUUUUUUACGAAGGGAUUCCGGUUCCCUUUGUGUUAUUGGGUUAGGUCGGUGGAUUCUACAUGUUUCUUCUGUGUGAGAGGGGACCAGUUGAGUCACCUCUUCUUUGUACCCUUUGUGUCCUUUUGUCUAUGUUUUUUGUUGUCGUUCUUGUCUAUUUAGGCCAUGUAGGGAAUGCUUCAUGGUCCACUUUGGAGGGGAGUGUUUUAAAUGGCCCUUUCCAUAUCAUGGCAGCACUGACGCCCUCUUCCUGCACCUGGGGGACCUAGGAUGGGCACUGGUGGGCCAGUUUCCCAUCCGAACGGGAAUGCUACGUUUUGCACAGCCCUGGUAUGAGGGUGCUUCACCAAGGGAGGGACAGCGGCAGCUCACUGCUAUGGGAAAGCGGAGCUUUCUGGGGAGGGGGGACCCUCCUGGGGUAUGGGUGUUGGUACGGGUUUUGUAUUUUUAUAUAUAUAUAUACGUGUAUAAAUGCAGCUGUUUUUAUACGUUUUUGUACGUAUUUUUGAAAGAACCUCAGGGAGGUGUGAAUAUUAAGUUAAAAGUUAUUACGGGUUUUAGUGUUUUCAGGUUACUGUUUUUUGAAAAAGUUUAAGGUGUUGAGCAAGUUUUUUGCACAGUUGUGCCAAGCGUUUUGGACAGUUUUUGCAGUUUUUGUAUAUAAAAGAACAAUUUGUUUGAUGGCUAAUUAUGGAAAAAUCAUACUUAAUCAUGGGGGAGUACAAUUUUGCGCAAGUGGUUUUACCAAAAUUUAAGGGGCCUUGUGCAGUAUUGCAAAGAAGGUGCAUGUAUAUGACAAAGCGUACAUGCUGUUGCUAGUAAUAUACAUUUGGAUACAUUCUGCGGGGUGUUUUUUAAAACGUUUUGGAAUUUCUACAUGAGCUCGUUUUUGCUUGUGCCCAGCUGGGAAAUGAGGUUUCCUGGUUGGAGUGUUUGGGAGCGGAAAAUUUUUUUUUCCUCCCUCUACCGGAUGUCUGGUUAAGAAACUCGAGGGACCGAGUUUUAUGGAACGGGGGGGACUGUUGUAGUAAGUCACCCCACCCCCAUACAGGUUUACUACCGACGGGGCUAUCUAGAGAGGGCGCUGGACCACUUGGGAUACUGGAGCCAGACGAACGUUGUAUUUGAAGCUGGAACUGAACGAAGAACACACACCUGAGGAAUCUCUACAGAUAAACACAGGUAUUUAUCUGUUUUACGUUCACUUGGUUUCAUAUACCACACCUAGUGGUCAAGCUAGGGGCGCGACCGCUACAU